AUGAAGCACGUUACAAUAAAUUUCGUACUACUCUUAUUAUUCUUCAUCAGCACCAUCAAUCAAGUCCAAUGUAUCUGCGUCUUAGAAUCAGACUUUGGAUUUGCCCUUAAUUGUAAUUUUAAAAAUGCUGGAAUGUUUCGUAUAAGAAACUUGGGCGGUCUUAAAGCUCAUAUUGGCUUAGGUUUCAGUCUUGGUGAUGAACUCGGAUUCCCAGAAUCGCUAGGAAAUGUUGAAGGAAGCAAGAAGCGAUCAUUGGAUGUUCGCACUAUGGGAAAGGGAAAUUCAAUCGGUUACAUGCCAGAAAAAAUGCCGCAAAUUGGAGUACAGUACAACCAGCCGAUGCGUCAAAUUGCAACAGUAGCACCAGAUCGCAUGACACCUUAUCGUGGAUUUUCUAGACCACUAAUGGCAGUACCUCAAAUACCUCAAGCUUUCAAAAAACCACAAUUAAUGACUGAAGCACUGACUCUUCCAUUAGGCGUCCCUCGUUUUAAGAAACUACCUCAAGAUCCCAAAAAAGCUAGUGAAAAUAUCAUGUAUAUUACUCCAACGCAGCAGCCAACAACAAGCAACAUAAUUCGCUCAGUAGCAAAUGCAUAUCCCUCAAAGUCAUUUGAACAAACAGCAUCAAGCAACGUGAAUGUUGUGAGCGUUAUACCAAGUUUUCAAGCACUUCCAUUGUCAACAUCAAAUAAGUUUGAAUCUCUUACCAAAGUUGAGACAUCUCCACCUGAAGAAGAUUUACCAAAUGUUGACUUGAAAGGUCAUACAAUUGAGGAAUUAGCCGUAGUUGCUAAUGUUAGUGUUGAGACUAUUAAAUCUGCCAUAAAAUUGCGUCAACAACAAAUGCUUGUGGAGAAGAAAAUUCAACAAUCUGCUGCAGAUAAGAAGAAAAUUUUGGAACCGUUGACCAUGCAAACAACUUUACAAUCAACGACCGUCGAAAAGACAACGCAAAGAAGUACCACUCAAUCAUCAAAAACGACAAUCAAUUUUAUUAGAAGCACAUCAGCUUAUAUUCCAAAGAAGAAAGUCAAGAAACAUCCUCUACAAGGAAGUCAUAAGGUGAUGAAUGCACCAAAAGAGUACUAUCCAUCGGGCUAUGAUAAAAAUUAUGAUGAUAAUUUCAAAUCGAAGGUUGACUUACCAGCCACUUCCUUCCAUUGCGGAGAUCAGAAACACUUUCCUGGAUUAUAUGGUGAUGAGGAACUAGGAUGCAUGGUGUUCCACGUAUGUGCAUUAACAGACGAUGGUCUUAUUAUGAAGUCAUUUUUAUGUCCGGAAAGUACACUUUUUGAUCAGACUAUAUUGAAAUGUAAUUGGUGGUUCUAUACUGACUGUAAAAGUAGCCAAACACUCUACGACUCAAACUUGCCUGUAUCAAAAAGCUAUCAAUUGAUGAAAUCCCUUUCAUUUUUCUCGAAAAAUUACAAAACGCCAUCUAAUGAAACAGUAGAGAUUGUCAAUGAUAGCCUUAAAACUGAUGAUAAUGUAUUGAUUGUAACACCUCUCGACCAGCAAUAA